AAUGGAAAGGAAAGAAGUCGUGGUACGGAGAGACGGUGGCGCGUCGUGGUGAGAGCGGCGCGUGAAGUGCGAGAAAGAGAGAGCCAAAAGAGAAAAGCACACUUUCACUUGUGGACCCAUUUGUCCCCGACCUCUCAUCUCCUUCUCUCUCUCUCUCUUCAAACCCUAAAACUCACGCAUUUUUGCACUGCAAGUUCUCUGAAUCCCUCUUUCUCUCUCUCUAUCUCUAUCUCUAUCUCCGUUUGUUUCCCAAGAAAUUCACUCAAAUCAAAGCUCAAAUUUCGGAUCUUACAGCUGUCUCCUUGAGGAGACGAUGAGCAGAGAACAUCCCCCCGAGCCCCUUGAUUUCUUCAUCUGGACUGUUGAGGAUGUUGGAUCUUGGCUUGAAGAGAUAAACCUUGGGAGCUACCGCCAGAUAUUCAAAGAAAAUGGUGUCAAUGGAGAAUAUCUAGAAAGUAUGUCUGUGUUUACAACCGAACAGAUCCUUCACUUCAUAAGGAGGCAUCACAUGAAAUGGGGAGAUUUUAUCACCCUCUGUAAAGAACUCAGAAGGAUUAAAGUGGCUUGUUUGAAAGGUGAGCAGAGAGUUCGACGGCCAUGGUGGGCACCCUCUUGUCUCUCAGUAGUCUUUGUUAAGGCGGCUAAGCGCAACCGACAAUCCCGUGUUGUAUCUCUAAAGCUUGAAUCUUGACAUUACACUUUGGCUGUUUAUGUAUGUACUUGUCUCUCUUUUUUUUUUGUCCUUUUUUGGUUUGGGUUUGUUUUGGGAGAUGAAAGGCAUAUGUAGGAAGAAACAAACUCAAGCCAAAAUACUGUUUGGCUUGGUAAAAUCCUGCAAGGGGAAAAAAAAUUAUGGGUUUUGUACUUUCGUGUAUACAAAGCUUUCUCUCAGAUGUUUAAUGGCUUGUGCAAUAUUUAUGUGACAGAUAAUAAUAGUAUGACUAAUCCGAAGUAUUAAUUUGA